ACACAUGCUAUUUGACAACUGCAACAUCUAAAAUGCUGCUGUGUGUACCAAAAAAAUAAUAUUUUGUUUGUUGUUAUUAUAAUUUAUUUUUCAAGCAGUUUUUGUCUGAAAUCCUAAAGGAUCUUUAAUUGAUUAAUUUAUUCAGUGGUAAAUAGGGUCUGGAUUUAAAUAUUAUUGAUACACUGUCAGUAACUUGCAAGCAAUGGCAUUAAUGAAAUCAAAAGAAAUACCCAAAGAUGCUGUUAGACUUGAUGAAGAGGAAGCUAUUAAAUAUGCCUGGGAAUUUGUAGGAGAGUGGAAACCGGUUUCAGAUAUAUGGGCAUUGCUGUAUGGGCCAGGUGUCCUAGGUGGUGUAAAUGCAAUAUCUGGUGUUUUCAUCAACAAUCACUUUAGAAACAAACUUAAGCUUGGACAAUAUGGUUUUUUUUCAUCAGUUAUCCCUGUAUCUGUAAUACCUGGAAUUUUAACACCUUUGUUUCAUAGAUAUUUCGUAUCUACAAAUAUGCUUCUCAUGAAAAAUGAAACAUGUCCACUUUGUUAUGAGAUCCGUUCUACAGCAAUACAGCUUUCAUUGGGAAUUGCAUAUCCUAUGAUUUUGGCACCAACAGCUUCUAUGAUGUUGACUCACAGAUAUGCAACCUCCAGGAUACCAGAUCUAUAUGAAGGACCCAAGGUUAUAUUCAAUUUUAUAAGAAAACUAGCAAGACCUUUCAACGGUACCUUGGCAUUUCUUGCAGGCGCCCAAGCUAUCACUUCAGCUGUAAUCACAUAUUUAGAAAUGAAAAGCACUCUAACACUGAAAAGGAAGGUUACGGAAAUAGAAAAGAAAUUAGAAAUGGAGGAAAGCUUUGGGUAGUUAUGUUAUGUGCAAGCCAAUCAUAGUUUGAAAUUGUAAAUAGAUGUAUUUAAAUUAUCACUAAAAUCUUUUAAUUGUGAAGUGUUUAUGACACUGUCACCUAUGAUUUUGUUGUCUCAUAUGAAAUAGGGAACAAUCUAUUGAAUUUAACUUAAGUUUUAUGUAUUACUUACAUAGCAUUUGAAUUCACUGCAAAGUUAAUAUUAAAAACAGGAAUGUGCAAAUAAUAACCAGGGGUAUUAAAGUAUUUUUUAAGUAAAAAUAAUGUAAAAAAAAAACUCUAUGUUUUAAGUAACCUAUAAUAUUAGUUAAUUAAUUAUUAUAAUUAUCAAUUACAAAAAACGGACAACAAACUAUGCACAAAAUCUUUAUCUGAAAAGUACACUUGCUAAAUUUGAACACAUGCAAAACUUCCUCUAUUGCACCUGUACAUACUCCAAGCCAUUAAAAAAAGUUAAUACUAUAACUUGACUACAAAGCCUAUUUAUCCAGUAUCACAAUAUUCUUUAUUACUUAUAUUUGAAAAUAUCAGUACAAUUAUUUUAAUUGAGAAGGUGAUGUACGUACAAUCAACCGCAAGUCAGGCUAUACAUGAUUUUAAACCUUAAUGUUUAAGAGUAAAAUUUAAAACCAAUUGUAGAAAUUUCACAUCGUGACGUGCAGUUGUGUACAAGAGAAAUUCUUCCUUUAUUUUAGAUUAUGUUCAAAAUUAUAAUACCUUGCCUUGUAACAUAAAACCUAUAUUGCAAUUAUAAUGCAAUACUUAUACAGUCUUAUGUAUCAGUGAAGUUCUAUAAAAUAAUAUAAAAGUUGUACUGGCUAAAUUAAUCAAUGAGCAACCAACCAAAAUGAGCCAAGAAAUCGCCCGCACCACUCGGACCUCAUCAUAUCAAACAAUUCCAAUUACCCACUAACUUCACUGAACUCUAAAGAUGUGCAUCCGUUUGCCCGUACACUAUGUUACCUCAUUUUAGGGGUUACGUAUCCAAUGGGUUUUACGCACCUUUUAUACUCGUACACAAACUUCGCUAUCCGUCCAUCUGUGUGUCUGUCCAUCCAUAUAUCACUAGGCUAUGUCAUAAACCGUAAUAAACAGUUAAAAUUUUCACAGAUACCUAACUAUAUACUACAAAACAUAAUAAAAUACAUAAAUGUUUAAGGGGGC